AUGGAUUGGCUUCUGAGUCCCAAACGCAAGUGCCGGACUAAAGAUCGAAGAAGAUGGGAGGAUCUGAACAGAGACUGUUUGGUUAAUGUGUUUGAGAAAGUGGGAAUUGAGUCUAUGCUCUUGGCCAUCCCUUUCGUCUGCAAAACGUGGUACAAAACAAGCCUCGAUCCUGCAUGCUGGAAACGCCUCAUCUUUCCGAACACCAUUGAUCCUUGGAGCUCUGAAGUUGCUUCCAAUGAUCGUUGGGAUUAUCAUGACGAAACCGAGAGUUCUCGUUUUGAGUACUUCACAAGAAGAUUUGCACGCGAAUUUGGACUUGAAUGGAGACUUUUCAGUGUCCCCAAAUUCAUCAACAAUGUCAUUAAUCGUAGCAAGGGAGAAGCGCAAUAUCUCAAGCUACCUGGAAUUUGCAGUGGCUAUACCUUUGCUAUAAGGAAAAUCCUGACACACAUCAACAAGAAUUGCAGCAAGUUUUGCGGGUUGCAUCUGUCCGAUACGUCCAUCGAUGAAGAUGAUACUAUUACAUCUGCAAUAAUUGAAUUUGUUCCUAUUGUUAAGUUCUUGUGCUUGAGCAAGUCACGCAUCUGUAGGAAUGAUCUGGUGAAAAUACUGAAAGGCUGCAAAGAACUUGAGGUUUUGGAUGUGAGGGAGUGUAUUGGUUUCGAUGAGGGUGAUGAGAAAAUAUUGGAGCUUGCAUGUCACAUUCCUAAAUUCAUGUGUGCUGGUUCAAAAUGUAUCUGCAACUUUGUGAGUGCUCCUCUGAUUGAGAUUCAUGACGAGGAAGAUGAAGAUUUGUAG